AUCUGAAUACAUCCGAUCUCGGAAUUCCCUGUUGUGUUGUUGGUUUCUGGAAAAUAAAUAUGAGAUAUCUAGAAGAUCCAUGUUCUGUAGGACACGGAUGUUUGCCUGACGGAAAGCUCCAUCCCACUUUUCUUCACGGAGAACUUUACUUGGCCACAUUAACCAUUCGCCGAUCUUCUGAAUAUUAACGCACUCUGUUGUAUUCUGUUCUUCCGAAUAUACAAUAAUCCUCAAUAUCACCUGAAUAUCUCAUAAUGGCGUCUAAGUUCUGGCCCAAAGGUGGCCUUCCAGGUAUCCUACAUCAUUACGUGUGUAUAUAUUCUGUCUACUGUAUGAUUUCAGACAUGGAACUAACAAAUACAUAGACCGAGACCCUCGUAACAUUCGAGUAUACAUCCGGAAGCAUCCCCAAACCUCAUAGUCUUCUCUUCAUCGGAGGACUAGGAGAUGGUCUCGCAACCACAUCAUUCAUGGCUGAUAUAGCCACAGCCUUGCAACCAACCACCUGGUCUCUCUUUUCCCUCAAUCUCUCAUCAUCUUACGCUCAAUGGGGAACAUCACAUCUCGACCGCGAUUCAGACGAAAUAGCAGAAUGUCUCCACUACAUCCAAGAAUACAAGAACUCCAAAUAUCCGAACAGCAAAACCGUACUAAUGGGUCAUUCGACCGGUUCCCAACUCGUGCUCCACUAUCUCCAUAAACCCAAUCCUCACACCACCACCCCAAUCUUUGAUCCCCAUCUCAAACAUGUCACGCGUCCGAUCCUCGACGGUGCAAUCAUGCAAGCACCAAUUUCAGACCGCGAAGCCAUUCAAUCCGUCCUACGAGAUGGACUUGGAAAAAGACCUUCAAGUGAAUGUCAAGCCGCAUUUCGACAAAUCCAAGAAAUAGCCAAAGAUGCAGCCAAACGCGAUCAAUCUAUCGAUAUCAUUCUCCCCAUGUCCCUGACCUCUCAAAUCGGCUACGGUAACACACCAAUUAGCUGUCGACGCUUCAUGAGUCUCGCCAGUCCCAAAAGUCCCCAGCAGCCUGAGGAAGAUGAUUUAUUCAGCUCAGAUCUGAGUGAUGAGCAAUUGGCGAAAACUUUCGGGAUGAUUAAAGAGAGGGGUUUGUUGAGAGACAAAUUGGUUAUUUUUUAUUCUGGGGCGGAUCAGGCGGUGCCGGAUUGGGUGGAUAAGGAAAAAUUGCUGAGGAGGUGGAAGGAUGCUGCGGAUCAUGGGGGGAGGGAGAGUGUUUGGGAUGAUGAAUUUACGGCUAUUAUUCCAGGGGCGAGUCAUGCGUUGAGUAAUGAUGAUCAGGCGGGUCCGAGGAAAAUUUUGUGUGAGAGGUUGAUGGGGUAUGUUAGGAGGAUUGAGCAAAAGUAGGGCUUGGGAUUUGCAUAUAAUGCUUUGUUUGUCUGAGUCAUAGAUGCGACCUAGAAACAAUCUAUCCAUGCAAAUUAUCUUCGGUCCUUGCAUUUUUCUUCAGUAUUGAGCACUGAUGGAUUAUUGUGACUUAUAUUCCAUGGAUAAUCAUGAGCUACCAGCGUAGCAAACUCAAGACACACUUCGAUGACUUUCAGGUCGAUAGAGAUAAGUCCUAGAGGCCUAAAAAUGUUCAUUCGGUCAAAAUCAUCAUAAAAUCAUAGUAGAA